AUGUUGUCUCGAAGGGUAAAAUCAGGUGCCGCAGUAACUUUACAGUAUGGUUCCAAGACAUUUUCAACAACUUCGCAUAACCAUUUUAAAGUUACGGUUGCUGGUGGAUCUGGCGGCAUAGGUCAGCCUCUCUGUCUGCUUCUGAAGCAGAACAGCUUAGUCAGUCACCUAGCUGUGUACGAUAUUUCAAAGAUAACUCCAGGUGUAGCUGUUGAUCUUUCGCAUAUCGACACUGCCACUAGGGUCACGGGACAUAAAGGUGUAGACCAAGCAUGUGAAGCAAUGAAAGAUGCAGACGUUGUCUUGAUUCCCGCUGGCAUGCCUCGCAAACCAGGCAUGACGCGUGAUGAUCUGUUUUCAUCAAACGCCUCUAUCCUACGAGAUAUCACAGCUGAUUUUGCUAAAUAUGCACCUGAAAAAUCCAUCAUGGCUAUUAUCACAAACCCCGUAAAUUCCAUGGUGCCCAUCGCCUCUGAAGUUCUCAAAAAGGCGGGUAAGUACGAUCCCCGACGCGUGCUCGGUGUGACCACAUUGGAUAUUGUUCGUGCAGCGACUUUCGUCGGCCAAAUCAACUGCAUAGAUCCAGCCGAGGUAACCGUACCGGUUCUCGGAGGGCACUCUGGAGUGACAAUUGUCCCAGCGCUAAGCCAGUGCCAACCACCCGUCAAAUUGUGUAAUGAAGAAGACAUUAAAAGACUAAUUAAAAAAAUUCAGGAAGCGGGCACAGCGGUGUUAAACGCCAAGGCCGGCGGUGGUACCGCUACUCUCUCUAUGGCGUACGCCGCGGCACGCUUCACAUGCUCUAUUCUCAGGGCUUUGGCGGGUGAAGCCAAUAUAGUUGAAUGCGCGUUCGUGAAGGCUAAUCGCUGCGACACACCAUACUUCGCGUGCCCCAUACUCCUUGGAAGGAAUGGUUUGGAAAAGAAUCUCGGCACUGGCAACCUUAAUGAGCUCGAGUCGUCUCUUCUCAAAAAAGCAAUCCCGGAGUUGCUCAAGAAUAUCAAAACCGGCGAGGAUUUCGUUAUGAAACCGCAAACUGUUUGUCCACCUGAUCCUUGUAAAAGUUAG